CUUUGUAUUGGCUUCUUAGGUAUUUCACUAAGCAAAUGGCAAAAUUUCUUGAAAUAGAUCUUUCUGAAUUUGUAAUCAACGAUAACAUAGCAGAUGAUUUCCCUUUAGAAUGUACAUGCGUGUGUUGUCUGUCGCAAAAUACCCGAUUCAUAAACUUAAAAACAUGCAAACACAAAACCUUUUUGGAGGUUUUCUUCAAGGAUAUGUUUCCAGUCACAGACUUGUUAAUCUGUACGAUAUGUCAUCACGUGCUGAAAUUAAUACACGAUUUCAUAGGAAAUGUUGAAAAAAGGACUUUAGCGCUCAAAAAUAAGGUCUCUAGCGGAAAUGAAGGUGUGACGUUUCGGGAUUCCGAAGUAAACUACAAACCCAAAUUGAGCAUCACUAAAUGUCAAACGCUAGCUGACAUAAAAGUGGAAGAUGACAUUGACAGAUCUGUUGUUGACAUCAAGAGGCGAGCGAAGGAUUGUAACUACGAAGCCUCCACGGUGUCGAUAUUCAAUGCAGAAUCAAACGCAGCGUGCACCGAAGCUCGCAUACCGGCGACCACAUCGAUGACUCAACGCAAUACCUUGAACCUGGACACGGCUAUUAAAUCAUCUAGUUUCGACGACUACGAGCUGAUAACAGAAAUUAAAAUCGAACCGGACAGCGAGGUGGAUCCGGGACCGUCUGAUGUGAAGCCCAGAAGGAAUACCAGUGGAGUUAAGAAGAAGACCAAGAACUACAAAAAGAGCAAGGUCAAAACGCCGGUAGAGAAGCACGAGGGGAAGAUCAGGACGGUGACUCUGAGCGAAGAGGACCUAUCGACAGAGAGGGAGCUCCUGAGGAGCGAGGAGAAAUACCAGAAGUUGCCCUACAAGUGUGACUUGUGCGUUGUCGGUUUUGCCACCGAAACUAUCUAUCAAGGCCACAUUCAGAAACACCAUGACAAGAACAAAAACGGCUUCUCCUGCGAUAUAUGCGACUCGGUUCUAAAUUCUAUACCGAUACUGAGAGAGCAUAGACGGAGGCAUCUGCGCAGGUUCGAAUGUCAGAUCUGUCUGAAACGCUACCACGACAGUUACAGCGCGGUCCAGCACUACAACGACUGCCACGGCGACGUGGACUCGAUCGCGGUUGCUUACAAUUGUAGGGAGUGCAACUUCAAUACCAACUCGUAUCGAAGUUACAGGUACCACAGGUCGAAGCACAACAAGCCGACCUGUGACCUGUGCGGCAAUAUCUUCGUCACUAACAGCAGCCUGAAGAUCCACAUGCUAACGAAACACAAGCCGACGCCCGUCACAUACAAUUGUGAGCUCUGCGCUAAAGUGUAUAAGAGCAAAUCCGGCUUGCACUCACACAAUUCGAGCGCUCACGGCGGCGGAGCUCAAUGCCACACGUGCAGGACGCAUUAUCGUUCUCACAGAGCGCUGAUGCACCAUCUAAAGACGCAUUCCGCGCACAGGGAUACGUCCGAAUAUAAAUUUGAAUGCGCUGAUUGCGAAGGCAAAUUCGCGAACAAACAAUCGCUUCGCAGUCAUAUAGAAUGGGAGCAUUUGCUCAUGAGACAUCAUCGGUGCGUGAAAUGCGAUAAGGUAUUCCGGUCGUCCGCGUCGCUAAAGAAACAUGAUUCGUAUGUACACGAGAAGAAACGUCCCCCGCGCGAUAAGAUCUGUGAUUAUUGCGGAGAAGCCUUCACCAUAAAGCUUCCUAAUGCAUCUGUCUGCUGUCUAUGUCACAGUUUAUUGAGAAAAUUUCAAAACUUUAAAAAUCAAACGCUACGAAGCUUUAAGAUUCUAACGGAACAGGUACCAGUCAGGAAUGGAACUCUUCGUCUCCAGAAAACCUCCAUUCAAACGAUCAAUAUAGUGAACACGGAAAGCAAAAUAUGUAAAGCUGAAAAUGAAGAUGAAAUUAUAACUGAGAAUAACGUAUCACAAGAAUUCAGUACGAAUCCAUUGAAAGAUGAUCUCUUUGACGAGGACGGUGACUUUGAUGGAAACUACAUCGACGGUGAGAACUUUAAAGAGCGAGCUAUCAAAAUCGUUGAGAUGAAAAUCGAAGAUGGCUGUGAUGUGUAUAGGGAAAAUAAUACUGAAAGUAAAAACAAGGCUAACUCGGAUAGUGUCGUGUUGGAUAACGAAGCCGUCGAUGCGGUUGGAGUGAGAACGCCAAACGAGCUAGAUAAAAUGGUGAGCUAUCUCAAUCUUAAGAUUAUUAGUUUGGUCACACAUUGCCGUGAACUCAAAAUAACAGUUGACACAAUAAAUGCAGACGUUUAUUUUCACUGUAGCAAGCAAAUUUACAGAGAAUCACUAAUGAUCGAACGGCUAAAUUGAGAUUGGUCGAGUA